AUGUUUAUGUAUAAUGGCUAUUCGUCGUAUGAUACUGAUAUUCAAAAACAUAUUAUAUGUAAUUCUACAUGUACAAUAUUUCCGUCAGCGAUAGCUGAAAAAACUCUUAUACCAUGUAUUGCCUAUAUUCAUGAUUUAAUUGUAACAAAUCGUCCAUUUUCAGUAACAACCGAUAAAGAUAUGAAAUGGCUAUUAGAAAUAUUUUCAUUUGGAUUUACGUGUGAAGAUAGUUCAAUUUAUCAAUUGUGUGCCAAUGUCUACGUAGAAUGGUUAAAAGUGUUUGAUCAACAACAACAACAAAGUAACAAUAAUAUAGAACAAAAUGUACCAGCAUGUAUUCCAUCAAUAUUACGAGAAAAAACAGAAUUUUAUUGGUCACAAAUGUUUUGGCAUUUAUAUCAUUUAUUUGUCAUUCAUGAUGAAAAAAAUGCUGAUUUACUAACAAAACGCAUGUAUAGUCAUAAAGUACUUCGACAAUUGCAAACAAUGAUUAGUCAAACAGAGCUUACAUUUAAUUUAUGGAAUAUUCUAUUACAAGUUUUUUUGGCUAUUGGAGAUGCCGUACUAGCUAUGCCAUAUCGAACAAACGAAGAGGGAAGUGCAAUACUUAGUCAUCGUUUAGUACCAUCUAUUUAUCAAGUAUGGUUGGUCGCAUGUAAAAAAAUGAAUCCAUCACCGGGACUAUGGCGAACAUUUCGAGAUUAUGCGUAUCAAUGGCGACAUCGUCCAGCUGUUAUCUACGAUUGGGCUCAAUUGUGUUGUGUAUUAUCAUCAUAUGUUGUAAAUAAAUUUUGUUGGCCAGAUUAUGUUCCAGUACCAUAUACUUGUACAGAAACAGAUCAAGGUGAUUUUAUACAAAAAAUCAUUGAUUCAUUUGAUUUAUAUUCACUUGUUACAACAUGGUUAAAAUUUUUGACUAUUCUACGAAAUCCAGCUGAUUGUGGUGAUGUAUCGAUUUUUUUACGUAUGCCACGUUAUGUAAACGCAUUAGAAUCACAAAACAGUGGUACUAAAGCAAAAGAUUUUACAUCAUUACAAGAAUUACCAAAAAUAUUUGUAAAUGCAACUAAAGCUGUGGCUAUGUUUGUUGACAUUUGGCUAGGUAAAGAAGUUGAUCCGACAACGGAAUUGUAUAGCCCAAAGCCGGUGAGUAGUACGGGUACAUCAUCAACACCUGAUGGUUCAUCGUUACAACAACGUACAAGAGAUUCUGUAAGAGUUCCACCUCCACCACCAUUACCACCUUCUAUUUUACCAUAUGGACCGGAUAGUGUGCGAUCAAAAGUAAAAUCACAAUCUGAUCGAAAAGUUAGUAUGGCUAUUGCACCAUCAUUCACACAAUCAUCAGGACCACCGGCUGUUGGUAAUUCCACCGUUAAUAGUAGCAUCAGUAACAUGGAAUCCACAUCGCGUAUAUUAAGAAUUAAUCGACCAACAGUUAAUAGUCUUUUCCAUUUGUAUGGUCCUUAUGUUUUGGAUGCUUGUCUAUUAUUAUCCAAAGAGCGACAACAACGAUAUGAUAUAACAUUGACGUAA